AUUUAUCAGCCCAAUAUGGAUCCAUUAUUGCAAACAGACAAAUUAGAAGAGAAAGAGGGAAACCAUGAUUCCCUCAAGAGAUCCACCUCCGUAGAGGGAGAACGGAUUAGAAAACUUUUAGGAGAAGUUAGCACCUCCUCUAGCUCUAAACCUCAGGCUAAAGAGCCCGAGGACGAUGCUAUAUUAAGCAAAAUUGGCAAUGAGAAUCUACUUGAGAGCAAACAUCCUAGAGAAAAGACUGAAGUUGAACAGAAGAUGUAUUACUUAAUCAAAACUAUUUCUAAAUAACCUGCCUAUAAAACCUCGUAUUAGAGAAGAGAUAAUAGGAGAGUAUUGCUCCCAAAUGCUUAUUAAGCAGAUUCUCAGAAUAAAGCAAGAGGUACAAGAGGAGUCUAAUGAAGAAGACCAGGUCCCAGACUGUCCAAAUGAUGCUUUAGUCUCAAGAAUUAUUAAAGAAUCAGACAUCCUGCCUAGAUUACUAUCUGAAUAUUCCAAGUAUAACAGUAAAACCGCGAGGUUCAAAUCUGAAGAUGAAACUGAAGCAGGUAAUUCCAAUGAGCCAGACGAGGAGAGAGGUCUUCUAUACGAACUAAAAAAGUACUCCAGACAGAAGCCAAUCCUUCAAGAUGAUAAAGAAGACAAGGAUGAUGAAGAAGACCAAAAUGCUCAAGAUGAUGAUAAUGAGGGAAACGAAAGAGACCAAGAUAAAAGUAACUACAAAGACGACUUAAAACGUCUCCUCUGAUCAAGAAAUUCUCAAGAAAAGGAUGAGGAAGAUGACGAGCUGACUGAAGAAAUGGAGGAAUAUGACAAAGAGGCAAGGGACGCAGAGGAAGAAAUCCAGAAAUCAAAGAAAAGUAAGCGGGAUAAAGAGGAAGAAGAAAUAAAACUACCCAUUAUGUCCAUUAGCAAUGAGUCCUUGUCUUAUGAGAGAUUUUAUCCAGGAAGAAUACUUGGCAAUACUUUUCAGAUUACCAAUAAGUCUCCUAAAAGAGCUGAAGUUACCUUAUCCUUCACUACAAAAGGGUUGAACAAGAACUUUGCUCUCGCAAGACUCAUGGAGUUCUACGAGGCAUCUACUCCUGAAGAAAUCGAACAACCGUACUUAGGGUUACUGGACAAGCCGUUUGUUGACUCUCAAGAAAAAUUUAAGUGAUGGUUUAUAGAAGACCCUAAGACCAAAAGUUUAGUGAAAGAGACAUCUCUAGAAUUAGACCCUGGAGAUUCCUAUGAAUUCAUAAUUGUACUUAAGUCCCCUGUUAUUAAGAAACCUCAGUUCUUAGUAACAAACGUAAAAUGUACCAUGAGAAUUCUAUCGAAAUCUUGUAAAGUAGAGCCACAAGAAAAUGUUAUCCUUGCUUUUGGCUCACUUGAUGUCCCAAAAUUGAUCUGCCCAAAAGAAAUUAUGGAUGAGGAAAACAAGUAUUCCUCAGUAAAAGUAGUCAUGAGGAAGAACACUCCUGUCCAAGUCUUCAGAUUCCUGAUGAUCAACAAGGGAGAUAUGCCCAUUAACGUCCAUUUUACAAGUCUUGAGAAUGACGACAUGCUUUUGUUCAUCAUCAAAAAUCGAAAUAUGAGUCUUGAUCCUGGGCAGAGAGGUAUCUUGGAACUUAAGGCAAACCACAAAUUCAAAGGGUUUGACAAUGAGAAGUGGAAGACAAUGAAUAGCCACAAAUUAAUCAUUGGGAAGAUCCAAGACUGAGAGCUUAAAUUCAGCCUCAUCGUAGAUGUCAUCAUCAUCAACUAAUUUUCUUAUUGGGAGUCUCAACCGCC